UUUCCCGUCCCAAUAACAAUCGUUGAAAACGAACAGCAACUCCCGAAGAUUGUUACUUCUUCAGGCCUUUAUUUUCAACAAAUCGAGCCAACCAUGACAGAAUUACGCCACCGAGGAGCGACGGAUAAAGAACUGCAGCAUCAGAACUCGGAGGAUAAGGGCUCUGAAACAGAGGGCAAGGAGAGAGAUGGAGCCUCGGACAAUGAGACCAAGUCAGACUCUGGGGUUCCUGAGGUUCCCGUUUCUGCCGAUGACACACCAGAGGUUCUCAACAAAGCGCUCUCUGGCCUUUCCUCACGAUGGAAGAACUGGUGGGUGAGGGGCAUCCUCACGUUGGCUAUGAUCUCCUUCUUCUUUAUCAUUAUUUAUCUCGGUCCGAUGGUGCUGAUGAUGAUUGUGCUGUGUGUUCAGAUCAAGUGCUUCCAUGAGAUCAUCACAAUUGGUUACAGCGUGUAUCACUCUUACCACCUGCCCUGGUUCAGAACACUAAGCUGGUACUUCCUGUUGUGUGUGAACUACUUCUUCUAUGGUGAAACGGUGACAGAUUAUUUCUUCACGCUGGUGCAGAGGGAGGAGCCUCUACGCAUCCUCAGCAAAUACCACCGCUUCAUUUCCUUUGCCCUGUACCUCACAGGGUUCUGCAUGUUUGUUCUGAGCCUGGUGAAAAAACACUAUCGCCUGCAGUUCUACAUGUUCGGCUGGACUCAUGUGACCUUGCUGAUUGUGGUGACUCAGUCCCACUUAAUCAUUCAUAACCUGUUUGAGGGGAUGAUCUGGUUUAUUGUGCCCAUCUCCUGUGUUAUCUGUAAUGACAUCAUGGCUUACAUGUUUGGCUUCUUUUUCGGUCGCACCCCUCUCAUCAAGUUGUCUCCUAAGAAGACGUGGGAGGGGUUUAUCGGUGGCUUCUUCGCCACUGUUGUUUUUGGAAUCCUAGUGAGUAGUAAUAACCCACUUCCUGUUCUUCGUCUGGUCUUUGCUGAAUGUUUUUAUAUAGAUUUGGGAACUUUGGUGACACUGCAGGACUUUGCAAACACCAUUCCAGGUCAUGGAGGAAUCAUGGAUCGUUUCGACUGUCAGUACCUUAUGGCCACAUUUGUAAAUGUUUACAUUGCCAGCUUUAUAAGAGGGCCAAACCCCUCUAAAGUCAUCCAGCAGCUUCUUGCUUUGAGACUAGACCAACAGCUCCACAUCUUUAACUCGCUCAAGGCUCAUCUGACAGAGAAAGGCCUGCUCCCUGCCCUGGAAGAAGCAGCCUAGCUUUUCGGACCACCCCACCGGAGUAGGCUGUGGAUAGAGGGAGUAGAGAGAGGGCAACGGAAGCAGAUCCAGGCAUGUAUGGAAGUGGGAGAUGAGAUGAGGAACAUAAGAAGGGAAACAACGGAAAACUGAACCACGAUCUUGGGUCAUUCCAUUUUCAGUGUGUUUGCGAGAAAGAGUGUGUGUGUUCAUUCAAAUCAGUGUUUUUGCUUUUUUUAUUUUUUGUGAAUGUUUUAUGAUUAUCUCUUACACCACAAAAGAAUAUUCUAUGUAUUAAGAUGACGUUGUUGUUACAGUUCUUUGUGAGUUGAGCUGUACAAUUCCACUUGUGUACAAAUGUUCUGUACCUAUAGAUCGUCUGAAUAUUUUAUAGUGUUUAUUAUGUUUUAUUUUGUUUUAAUGCACUGCUCAUCACAC